UUCGGAUGUGGCCACAUGGUAAACACGUUGUUGGUAAACAAAGGGUCAGGUCACAGGAAGGAAGGAGACAGACUAAGACGAGACCAGGGACUGUUGGGUCCUCCCGGUUGAUCGUUUUCUCUGUUGAAGAUGUUUCCGGAACAGCAGAAAGAGGAAUUUGUAAGUGUCUGGGUUCGAGAUCCUCGGAUUCAGAAGGAGGACUUCUGGCAUUCUUAUAUUGACUAUGAGAUCUGUAUUCAUACCAAUAGCAUGUGUUUUACAAUGAAAACAUCCUGUGUACGAAGAAGAUACAGGGAAUUUGUGUGGCUGAGGCAGAGACUCCAAAGCAAUGCUUUGCUGGUACAACUGCCAGAACUCCCAUCUAAAAACCUGUUUUUCAACAUGAACAAUCGCCAGCAUGUAGAUCAGCGCCGUCAGGGUUUGGAAGAUUUCCUCAGAAAGGUCCUGCAGAAUGCACUCUUGCUUUCAGAUAGCAGCCUUCACCUCUUCUUGCAGAGCCAUUUGAAUUCAGAAGACAUCGAGGCGUGUGUUUCUGGGCAGACUAAGUACUCUGUAGAAGAAGCAAUUCACAAGUUUGCCUUGAUGAACAGACGUUUCCCUGCAGAAGAAGAAGAAGGAAAAAAAGAAAACGAUAUAGAUUAUGAUUCAGAAAGUUCAUCCUCUGGGUUCGGACAUAGUAGUGAUGACAGCAGUUCACAUGGAUGUAAAAUGAGCCCAGCUCUGCAGGAAUCCUGAAAAAUAAUUCUAAUGUUACCAUUUUAGGAAUAGCCAACGAUGUCCAGUCAUAGAGAAAAAAGCCUGCAAACAACAUAUGCUUACCUAAAGCUUACCGUCAUAUUAAGUAUUUAAAUUUGUAAAGAUGUGUUGUUUAUCAGUGGUAUUUUUAUGUUGUCUUCUUGUGCCUAAGCUUCUGUAAACAGCUAAAAGCCUGUGGGUGCAGUAUCUUCCUCGACAGGCAUACAUUGUUGGUAAAUCAAGAUCCUGCCCUCAAAUGACAUGAUUUAUAUGUUUUAAAAAGCCUCGUUGGUUUUAUCGAAUUUUAAAAGAUAGGUAAGUAGAUAGCAUUUAAAAUCCAGAUAGAGCAUUCCUUCUUGUGUCACUGGGGCAGAGUCAGUGCAAACCCAGCAGGUAUGAUCCUAACCACUAGGAAGACUUAUGGCCCAGGACAGGCGGCUGAUAUUUUGUGGGUGCCUCCCCUGCACUGGGAAAACAUUUUGCUUUGGGGUGUUGGCUUGAAAUAUUUUAGGCGUUUACCAUUUCCAGUAUUCUCUCUCAUACUUAGACAGAAAAUGUAUCUUAUGAAUAGAGACAUGUUAAAAUAAUGUUGACAUCUUAGGAAAAAAACCCAGAAUUAGUGCUAGUCAUUUUGCUUCUAUUUGCAACACAUCGAUUCAGAAAUACAUUUUCAUUGUCCAAAAUCAGCUUUAACACAUGGUUUCUGGAAGCAAAUCAUUUGUUUUCAUUAUCUGUGUGUAAUUAGAAUUAUAGGUUAAUGAUUUAUUUUCUCACUUAAUGUGCAGUUUCUUAUCACUAGAUAACUUUCAGUGUCAGUGGUGGUUGCUUGUUACUUAUCUUUAAGUUAAAGUAGGAACUUAUAACAGUAAAUUUUGCCAAUAAAUAUUCCCAUAAUUUAGAAAAGGAUAUGAACUUGCUAAUUUCAGAAUUAAUUACUCAUUUUUAAAAAGAACUUUCUUUUAAGGCAUCUGCUUGAGGAUUGGUAUAAUUUAAUAAAAUGUCUUUUUUUUUUAGUGGUCCAAAGAUAAAAUGUCUUAAACUACAUUGAACUUCAAAUUUCACAUGAGGCAGCAUUUUUUUUGAGAUAAUUGUCCAAGUUUCUUCCUUGUUGAAUGGUACAGAAUAGCUCUGAAAUUAAAAGGAAGAUAUUGUUACAUAACUGCGAUAACUUGUUGCUUUAACUAAAUGUUUCCUUGCCUCAUUUUAUUUUAAUGAGGAGUUUAAAAUUAUUAUAUUAUUUAAAAAGUUCUUGAAAUGCUUGUAACUAAGAACCUACAGGAGAAAAAUUAAAUUUAGAAUACAAAUGAUUUCCUUAAUUUCGCCUUUUUGUUUUUUGUUUGGUCUAAAACAUUAUUGAACUUUUUGUAAAUAUUUUGAUUUAAUGUAUCUUGGAUCUUGUUACUUUGUCAUCUAAGAUUAAUCAUUUAAUACAGGGGGAAAAAGACUUAGCCAUUUCUUUUUAUCCUGCUAGCAUGUAAAGUUUGCCAUCUAGUUGUUUAAGCGCGAUCUCCAGCUCCUUGGUCAUAUGCCCGUGCAUUCACAUUAUUUCUGUUUUACAGCAGUUUUGAAAAGCAUAUAAUGUGCCACCAAUUGUCAUGUAAUUUUAGAUGAUGUAACUAUAGCCAUCAAAUUGAUAUUAAGUAAUGCCUAAUACUACACGUUGUAAACUUCAUGCGAUCAUCAUUUUCACAUUAAACAUAAAAAAAAACUUUAA